AGGUAGCAAAUGCAAUGGUGGCAAAUUGGGCUGGUCCUCCCGCUAUGCUUGCUAUUUUUCGUAAGUUUUUCGGUUCAUUUGCUGCACCACACAUUAUCCGCCAGAACAACUUCCAAAAUUUCCAGCAUUACUUUCUUCAAAAAACUAUUCCCUUAGCUAUGGCAGGACUUAGAAAUACCCAUGGGAUUUGCCCCCCAGAAGUGAUCCGUUUCCUAUUAGAUUUGUUCAAAUACAAUGACAAUUCUAAAAAUCGACAUUCCGACAAUUAUUAUAGAGCAGCAUUAGUGGAAGCAUUGGGUUGCACUAUAACCCCAGUUGUGUCAGUUUUGGCUCAAGGAACUCCUAUAACAGCAGAGAGCUUGAGUGCUGAUACAAAGUUGAUAUUGGAGGAAGUUACUAGACUGCUGAAUUUAGAGAAAGCAUUACCGUGCUACAAGUAUACCGUUUCCGUAGAAUGUUUAAAAGUUAUAAGAAAAUUGCAGAAAUUUGGCCAUUUGCCAAGCCGACCUACCUUGUUUAAGAGUUAUGCUGCAUAUGGAAAUUUCAUUGAUGUUAGGUUAGCAGCAUUGGAAUGUUUAGUAGAUUUUGUUAGAGCUGAUGGUAAAUGGGAAGAUCUUCAACAUGUUCUUGAUAUCUUGGAGAAUGAUCCAGAUCCUGGUUUGAAGCAUAAAUUGGCUACUUUAUUAAUAAAGAAUCCGCCGUUCAAAAGAGCUCAUCGGGGAAAGCUUGAUAUUCCUGAACUUGUAGAAAGGAUAUGGACUAAUAUAAAUUGUAUGCUGUCUCAUGAUACCAGGUUGCGCUGUGAUUUAGUUGAUCUUUACUAUAGUCUUUAUGGUACAAAACGCCCAGUGUGUAUUCCUGUAGCACAGUUAUCUGGAAUUAUGACUUCUAAUAAACAAGACAUUACCAAAAUCAAAAAGAUUCCUACGAUACCAAAAAUGCUAACAACCACAAGUGCUGAGGCUAAGAAAAUCAUAUCUCCUGCUUCUACAUCUAAAGAUGGAGCACCUCAAGUAAUAAUGGAAGCAGUGGAAUGCAUGAACGUAGAAGUAGUUGCCAGUGAGGAGAAAAUUGAAAAG